AUGGAAGAGAACAGGCCCGUAAGGAUGAUCGUUGACACGUCGGCUCGAUACCAACUCAACACGUCCGUCGGUGCUCAAGAAUGGGCCAACCUCAUGCCAUCCGGAGGACAUCUCAUACGCCUGCAAGAGGGCGAGGAAACGCAAACAUACAGCCUAGCCCUCUUCCACCAGCUUCGAUGCCUAGACAUCCUCCGGGACGACUACGUCUCAGGAAAGCCUUCGCCGUUGCGAAAGCACUGUCUCAACUACAUCAGACAAAGCGUACUGUGUAUUGCCGACACUCACCUAGAGUACAGUAAGGCGGGACUUGCGGUGACACACUACAUCGAGACAGUCUGCAACGAUUGGACUGCAGUUUACGCGGCAGCUGAGAGGAAUUUUGCACCAUGGAACUGA